CGGCGAGCGGCUCGGCGGAUGGAGAGUCUGGCCGCGGCCGGCGGCGCCGCCUCCUCGUCGGGCCGGGCACGGCGGGCCGGGGCCUUUGUGUGAGGCGGCGGCGGCGGCGAUGGUGAUGGUGCUCGGACCCCGCGGAGCCGGAUUGACCUUGCGGAUAGAGGCAGCUUCCUAGGAUCUGCUAAGAUGGGCAUGAGAAUCAAGCUGCAGAGCAACAACCACCCCAACAACCUGCUGAAGGAGCUCAACAAGUGCCGGCUUUCAGAGACCAUGUGUGAUGUCACGAUUGUGGUGGGGAGCCGGUCCUUCCCCGCCCACAAGGCCGUGUUGGCCUGCGCCGCUGGCUACUUCCAGAACCUGUUCCUGAACACCGGGCUCGACGCCGCCCGGACCUACGUGGUGGACUUCAUUACCCCCGCCAACUUUGAGAAGAUUCUGAGCUUCGUCUACACCUCAGAGCUCUUCACAGACCUGAUCAACGUGGGGGUCAUCUAUGAGGUCGCCGAGCGCCUGGGUAUGGAAGACCUGCUCCAGGCCUGCCACUCGACGUUUCCCGACCUCGAGAGCACCGCAGUGGCUAAGUCGUUGACCAGCACCGGUAACAGCCAGUCUGCCGCUCUGAGAUGUCCCUCGGUGGAUCCCGCCCACCCGCUGGGGGAACUCCGGGGGAGUGGGGAACCCUUUGGUCCCGAGAGAAACUAUGUGUUGCCUGCUGAGGCUGGAGGGAGCUAUAAAGAGGAAGAGAGGAGUGUGGCCAGUGACACUAGUCACAGCUUGUCCCUGCCACCACUGCCACCAAAGACAGAAGACCAGGACGCCCCUGUUCCGUUCACGUCUGUUCCUAGUAUGGUGACCCAGCCAGUCCUCGGCACCGUCAGCACGGGCAUCCAGACGGGCCCGAGUUCUUGCCAGCCAUACAAAGUUCAGAGCAACGGAGACUUCGGCAGAAACAGUUUCUUCCCCUCCGACAGUGCCGUAGACGUAGCAACCGGGACCAAUUCCUCUCUGAGCAACAGCGACCACCCCAAGGAUCCGGGCUUCGGGCAGGUGGAUGAGCUGCAGCUGGAGGACCUGGGCGACGAUGACUUGCAGUUCGAGGACCCGGCUGAAGAGAUGGGGACGGCUGAGGAGGUGAUCGAGCUGAGCGACGACAGCGAGGACGACCUGACUUUUGGGGAGAACGACAGCCGAGAGAAUAAGGCCAUGCCCUGCCAGGUGUGCAAGAAGGUUCUAGAGCCCAACAUUCAGCUGAUACGGCAGCAUGCCCGGGACCACGUGGACUUGCUCACGGGCAACUGCAAGGUCUGUGAGACCCACUUCCAGGACCGAAACUCCCGGGUGACCCAUGUCCUGUCCCACAUUGGUAUCUUCCUGUUCUCCUGUGACAUGUGUGAAACCAAGUUCUUUACCCAGUGGCAGUUAACCCUGCAUCGACGGGAUGGGAUAUUUGAGAACAACAUCGUCGUCCACCCUAAUGAGCCCCUCUCUGGGAAACUGGGUCUCUUUUCAGGGGCAGCCUCCCCCGAGUUGAAAUGUGCCGCUUGUGGGAAGGCAUUGGCCAAAGAUUUCCACGUGGUCCGAGGCCACAUCCUUGACCAUCUGAACUUGAAGGGCCAGGCCUGCAGCGUCUGUGACCAGCGCCACCUCAACCUAUGCAGCCUCAUGUGGCACACGCUCUCUCAUCUGGGCAUUUCGGUGUUCUCCUGUUCAGUCUGUGCCAGUAGCUUCGUGGACUGGCACCUUCUGGAGAAGCACAUGGCUGUGCACCAGAGCCUGGAGGACACGCUGUUCCGCUGCCACCUGUGCAGCCAGAGCUUCAGGUCCGAGGCCGCCUACCGCUACCACGUCAGCCAGCACAAAUGCAACAGUGGCCUGGAUGCGCGGCCUGGGUUGGGGCUGCAGCACCUAGCCCUCCAGAAGCGGAAGCUGCCGCCGCCGGCGGCGGAGGAGUUUUUGAGUGAGGAGCUGGCUUUGCAGGGCCAGCCCGGGAACAGCAAGUACAGCUGUAAGGUGUGUGGGAAGAGGUUCGCCCACACGAGCGAGUUCAACUACCACCGGCGGAUCCACACGGGCGAGAAGCCGUACCAGUGUAAGGUCUGCCACAAAUUCUUCCGCGGCCGCUCGACCAUCAAGUGCCACCUCAAGACGCACUCGGGGGCCCUCAUGUACCGCUGUACCGUCUGUGGCCACUACAGCUCCACCCUUAACCUUAUGAGCAAACACGUCGGCGUACACAAAGGCAGCCUCCCGCCCGACUUCACCAUCGAGCAGACCUUCAUGUACAUUAUCCAUUCCAAAGAGACCGAAAAGAACCCGGACAGCUGACUGGGUCUCUGCGGAGCCAGAGGGAGCUCCCAGGCGGCAGCCGGGACAGUGCUUCUCUAAAGGCGGUUGGCCCUGCCCAGCUGAUGCCACAGCUUUGCCUUGCUAAGAAUUCUGUUCUGUAUUGUGUUGAAAGAAGAGAGAGCACAUGAGCUGUUACUGUUUCUGCGAAGCAGCAGCCCUGUUACAUUUACCUCCUUACCUGUUCUAUUCUUGAUUCUUUUGAGGCUGGUCUUUAGGAUCUAGUCAAGUGGCCCUGCAAACUAGGUCCCCUUGCCAGUUUCUCUAGUUUUAGUUUACUGAUAGUUUUUAUGCUGCUAAGGAUCUGACCAACAGCCUCACUGCAUAGAAGAGGUGGAGAGAGGUUUUCACUGUGGGUGCGACGGCCCGACUUUUGGGGGGACAACAGCUGUGAGAAGGUUUGGGGAUGUGGUCAUUCAGAAGGGGCUGGCAGCAGGGUAGUUCAUCUUGGGUCCUCCCUCCCUCCUCACCGGGGACAAGGGCUUGGGGAGCUGAGGGUGCCGCUGGCUCCGCAGGUCAGAUCGCCUGACUGGACAGUGAAAAUCUCUUGGCAGCUAGAUCCAAACCGAGGACCGAGCUUUCUGUUUAGGUUGGAAAGCUUUGGGUGUCCCAUGGUGCCACAGAUGGGGAGCCUGGAUGGAUGGAAGAAGAUGCCCCUCUUUUUCCUUGUUUCCAAAGAAACAUGAUUUUUUUUUAGAGUGCAACCCUGGAGGUCAAGCCUUCUGUCACGAGCAGAGACAGGGUGAGUUCAGUGUCACCUGGCCGCCCCCGGGCACGGAGGGGGCCCCUCUGACAGCGCAGUCUUGCCUUAAUUCACACCGAGUCCCCCACUCAGGGUGGUUUGACCUACAGUGUAGAUGAGAAGGGACCCGAGUAACUGGUGGCCCACGGCAGGGCGUGCGAUCUGGCUGUCCCACCUGGGUAACGUGUUGUAGAGUUUGGCAGCUGAUCCCCAUGUCAUUGUGUGGCCUCCAGGGGGCGCUCUUGGAUGCUAGCUGGCUUAGGCCUUCCGUGGCUGUUUGGCUCCUUUCUUAGUCUUUGAAGGGGCCUUGCCCAAAAGAGGCAGGAGGAGAGGACCCUUGAUCUUGCAUACUUAUAAGAUGGCACUUCAGUAGCUCAUACUACCUCAGCCUGCUCAGGUGAGCUCUGAGAGUCCCUGGUUUUGGGCCUGGCCACUGACACUGCCCCGUGGGACUCAGCACACUCUGGGCUGUUUCAUAAGCGAGUGGUUUUGAUUAACUCACAAAGCCUUUUUAGACAUUAAAUAUUUAUUUAUUUUUUGUUUUGUUUUGUAUACGUACUACCCAGCAUCUCUUUUUGGUAAGUGUCUUUAGGAAAAUUAGUUUCUCUCAAGUCAGGAACCGUAUUCUACCGUUGGUCAUGGCGGUGGAUUUGGAGAAGGGGGGUGUAACUGUGAGAGAAUGUGCCAGGCCUUCGAAACAGCACACUUCCGUUUCUCCAGGCGUAGUCUCUAGCAGAACAGAUCUAGAUCGAGUAACACGGAGAAGGUUUUUACCCUCCGGCUGGGGGAGCCUCCCGUCCGAUGUGUUAAGACAGGCAAACCAAAGCUGUGUCCUUGUUGGGCCGGCUGCCCCUUCCCCCAGCCGUGGACUGAGAAAGCCUGUGAGUUAGUGCUCAGGGCACUCUGGUGAGUCAAAUGGUGAGACUCGAACCGGGGCCAGGCAAAGGCCGCCCUGCGCUGUCUAAACUUGUGACAUUUUCAUCAGGAAAUCGUUGCUGUGACUUUUAAGUUCAGACUUCCCAUCUUCUUGUGCUGGGGAGUGUAACAAGCUACCGUGGUGUAUCUGCUGAUCUUUCCAGAUGCAGGAGGCCCUCCUAAGACUGCUGGUGAAGCGUGAGUGUGGGAUGUCUGAUUUGAGAGGGUGCACUUACCUGAUCUCGGCCCGGUCCCUGAGAGUGGAGAAACCCUUUUCCUUAGCCUAUGGCACCAUGGAUGCUGGGUGGUCUGUGUACUUAACCUGAAACUGUGAAGUUUUCCCUUUUUGCCAUAAACCAAAAAGCAGAUCUUUGAAGUUUUGCCCUUUAAACACUAAAAACCAAACUGUACCCUCUGAUCCCGUGAGGUUAGUUGAUCAGGGAGGUCAGGUUGGUCCCAGUCAGACAUGUAGCAAGCCGAAUCCGAGGCUCCUGCGGUCCCCUGUCCAAACCAUGCCUCUGGGCGUCGCCCCACGUUCACACCUGUCUCUCCUUGUGUGUGAAGUCGUUUGCUUUUCCUGAAGCCGAUUCCUCCUCCUCCUGAGUGGAUUUACUUGAAACAGUACACGGCGGCAGCGAAGGGUACUCAAGGCUGCCUGGUGGGCGGUGUCAGUUUUAUUUUGUGUGUUCAGUUUUUAAUGCCCUUUGAUUUCACCUUCUCCUCCCCUCUGGAUUCCCACGUGGUACCUAUCCCCUGCUGUAGACGUGAAUGUUCCGUCUUUGCCUGGUGCCCCCCCCCCUUUGGUCAGGACCGGCUGCACAAUCUUCAGCACUCCCUUGGCCAGCAGUCGUUAGGGCUGUCUAGCUGGCUUUUGAAGAGCAUUAAGCCACACUAGGACAUCCCUAGCUUGUUUCCUAAGGGGAAUUGUAAUGUUGGUGUGGCAUGCUGGCGUAAACAGCGUGGACUGCUUGUGGCCAGAGGACAGGCUAUGUUCUUGCAGGAGGGUGACCCCUGAUGGCUCAGUGAUGCCACACACUGGCUGGAAGCUCUACUGGAUGAGCCCCAGUGAUUGGUUCUAAGUUUUAAGAUUCUGUGGAGUCCCCGCAGUUCAUGAUUAGUUGGGGAGAAAAGAGGUGGUGUUGGUGGGCGUCAGGUAACCAUGAGAACCAGGAAAUAGGUAAGAAUUAUGUUUUACUUUAUUGUGACAUGUUCACAGCCCCUUGUCUACAGGGCAAACCUGUAGACUUCAGUACUUUGUACCCAGGCAGGAUUUUGCUACUGAUUGUCUUCCUUUCUGGCUUCCUGCUGUGCCCUCUCCACCAGACCCUAGACUACUCAGCUUUGAAAGUUAAUUUAACCUUUCUAGAUGGACACUGAGUUUGUUGGCAUGGGAGUGGACCUGUGACGUGGUCUCUGCCUAUUCGGGAGUACCUCCAUGUCCUCUCCCCCAAAUCUUGUACCAGGUGAGUCAGGAAGAGGGUACACAGCAUUCGCUUCAACGUUACAUAGAUCAUCAUCAAGGUCAGGACAGAGACGACACUUGUGAUGAUGAUGUCUUGACCCCUCCCUUCCCUGUGAGUCCCCCUCCCCCCCCCCGGAGUAGCUCAAGUCUCUUACGAAGCAGAGAAGCUGCUGUGUCUAACUCCUUCCAUUAAAUUAAGUACUGACCUCCUAAUAUUUAAGUGUUUACUAUCUGCUGUAAAGUUUUGUAUAUUUUGUAAACCUUUUCCCCAAAUAGUAGACGUCUAAAAUCGUACAUCCGAUUCUUUUAUAUUCCAUUGUUCAGCACAAAGUGUGGUUUUUAUUUAGAAUAAAAAAGAAAAAAAGAAAGGGA